GAAAUGCUCAGAAGAGUACAGAGUCCAGGCAGAGAAAUACCUGUUACUUUCUGUAACAGAAAUCUUGUUGGGUGUUUUUUUUUUUUUUUUUUUUUUAAUAUAUGCUGCAUGGUAACUUUCUCUGGAGGAUCCCGUAGUGCUCGAGGACAGCAGAGUUUACAAGUCAUUCAUUGCCCCAAUCCAUGAGAUUGUCAAGGUUUUGGUUACUGUAUAUUACCAGGACAUAACAAUGGCAGCCAGACAUGAAAGUGUCAUCAUACAGGAUCCUGUAAAACAUGGAUACAACUCUCAGGGUGGAGCUCCCUGGCGCCCUGUCCCUGCCCGAGCAAUGCUGCCCAAAGUGGAGUCUGAAGCCCUGGGACUGUCCAGAUCACACGGGGAGCAGGGCCACAUGCCGGACAACAUGCAAGUGUCCCAGUUUAAAAUGAUGGGCUACUCGUACGACGAUGAGCUGGAGGAGAUGUGUCCUGUGUGUGGGGACAAGGUUUCAGGGUAUCAUUAUGGACUUCUGACCUGUGAGAGCUGCAAGGGAUUCUUCAAGAGGACGGUUCAGAACAACAAGAGAUAUACUUGCAUUGAAAAUCAGAGCUGCCAGAUUGACAAAACCCAGAGAAAAAGGUGUCCAUACUGCAGGUUCCAGAAAUGUUUGAGUGUGGGCAUGAAGCUGGAAGCUGUGCGGGCAGACCGAAUGCGUGGAGGGAGAAACAAAUUUGGGCCAAUGUACAAGAGGGACCGUGCAUUAAAACAGCAGAAAAAGGCUUUAAUUCGUGCCAAUGGACUGAAACUAGAGGCCAUGGGUCAAGUCAUUCAGUCGAUUCCCACUGAUCUGACCAUUUCUUCGGCCAUACAGAACAUUCACUCAGCAUCCAAGGGACUACCUCUAAACCACGCUGCCCUGCCCCCAUCAGACUAUGAUCGAAGCCCCUUUGUAACUUCCCCCAUCAGUAUGGCUAUGCCGCCUCAUGGCAGCCUGCAGGGUUACCAGGCUUAUGGGCACUUUCCAAGUCGUGCUAUUAAAUCAGAGUAUCCAGACCCUUACACAAGUUCACCAGAAUCCAUAAUGGGAUACUCAUAUAUGGACAGCUACCAGUCUAGUUCUCCCUCUAAUAUCCCUCACCUAAUUGUUGAACUCUUGAAAUGUGAACCAGAUGAGCCUCAAGUACAGGGGAAGAUCAUGGCAUACUUACAGCAGGAGCAGGCCAACAGAAGCAAACAUGAUAAACUCAAUACAUUUGGACUCAUGUGCAAAAUGGCAGACCAGACACUAUUUUCCAUUGUUGAGUGGGCAAGGAGCAGCAUCUUUUUCAGAGAGCUUAAGGUGGAUGAUCAGAUGAAGCUAUUGCAGAACUGUUGGAGUGAGUUACUUAUUCUGGACCAUAUAUUUCGGCAAGUUCUACACGGGAAAGAAGGUUCCAUUCUGUUGGUCACGGGACAACAGGUGGAUUACUCUGUCAUUGUCACACAGGCCGGAGCCACACUAAAUAACCUCAUGAGUCACGCACAAGAUCUUGUUGCCAAACUGCGGUCUCUGCAGUUUGACUUGAGGGAAUUUGUGUGCCUGAAAUUUCUGGUACUCUUCAGUCUGGAUGUCAAGAACCUGGAGAAUUAUCAGCUGGUGGAAGGAGUUCAAGAACAAGUUAAUGCUGCACUACUGGACUAUAUCAUGUGCCAUUAUCCACAGCAAACUGAUAAAUUUGGCCAAUUAUUGCUACGGUUACCAGAAAUUCGUGCAAUAAGUUUACAGGCGGAAGAGUAUCUGUAUUAUAAACACCUCAACGGGGAUGUGCCAUGUAACAAUCUUCUUAUCGAAAUGCUCCAUGCAAAGAGGGCCUGAACCAUCCCCCCUCCCCCCACUGAACUGCACGCAUUGCAAAUACGGUUUAAAGACUUUGUAAAAAUAUAUAAUCAGAACUCUUAAUAGUCAUUACGUGAUGCAUCAGGGUAUUUGUAUUUCAAACUGUGAAAGACAUUACUUAUCCACAGAAGAUUCUAUAUGGAAUUUACUGCCUGAAUUCAAAAUGGCCACCUGAACAGAACUGAAAACUAUUGUUUGUGUAAAAAAAGAAGCUCCAAAGAGAAGCUCAGAAAAGACUGUUCUGUUAAAUAUGUGUCAAAGAGAAGAUCCCCGGAAGAGCUCCAUGUUCAACCUUCCCAUGCUAGCUCAAGUUCAAAUAUAAAGUUACAGAUGAAGUCUAUGCAUUUCCAGAUGUGUUUUGUUUCAUAUAUGGUUGGCCAAAAUUAAAACCAAAAAAAAAGUUUCAUAUAUAUAUAUAUAUAUAUAUAUAUAUAUAUAUAUAUAUAUAUAUAUAUAUAUAUAUAUAUUUGCAUGUAAAUUACUCUUUCUAUUUGUCAGGUAAAUGCCUGCAAAAUGCUAAGCAUGGCAGUCAAGUAUGGCUUCCAUAUGUACAAGGCCUGUGUUUCCCAGAUUACAUAGAGAAGAUACCAAACUGCCUGUUAGGCCAAACUAAAUGUAAUGCCUGGAACAGCAGAGAGCUCAUAAUGGCUAGCUGGCACCUCUGGCACUUUACAGCUUUAAUGUGAAUUGUUAUGUCUCCAAAUGUCUAAAAUGUAUUAAAAGUAAAGAAAGUAAAUAUUGUGAGACUAAGCUCGUCACAUUUCCAUCUUUCUUGCACCAGAGAAGCUUCUGUUUUAA